GUGUUGUCUAAGCAUGUGUAGAUUUGGAAUUUAUAAAAUGUAUGUAUUUUAGAAUUUUUUUUAAAAAAAGCGUGUGUAUUCCGGGUAAAAAUCUCGCUUGCCAGCCGGUGCUUCCAUUCUCUGAUAUCAAUGUGCCUCUAUCACUGAGCUGAGCCAGGGUAGAAAUUUGGACAGGGUCUGCUGUCUCUCUGCGUAGAACUGUAGAACAGAAAGCACUGAGAAAUGCAGAACCUUCCACCCUCAGACAUGGAGCCUCUCGAUCUCAAAGCAAUUCAGAGUCGAAUUAGUGAGCUUGAAGAAGUGUACAGGAGCUGCAUUGACGAGGAAAUGGUGUCUACGGAUUCGGACCAGUUGAUGAUUGAUUGCGCUCUUCAGCCGGAGAGCAGAGUCGACCAGGUUUUAUCGGGUCUCUCCGAGGUGGGUUACUUAGGGAUUUCAGAUUUAGAUGCAUGCUUGGAGCACUUAAGAGACGAGCUCUCUGCGGCGGAGGCUGAGAGUACUAAGAUCGCUACUGAAAUUGAAGCUCUCGGUAGGAUCAAUCUCGAAGAUUCCAGUCGACUAGAGAGCGAUCUCGAAGGGUUGAAGUGUUCACUGGAACGUACAUCUUCAGAGGAUUUACCUCAGGGAACUGAUGGUGCACGCCUUGCUUGCUCACUGCUAGGGCAUGAUCAUGAUGAUGAAUUUGAGGUAUCCUUGCUGUGGUUUGUUGAUUAUGAAGCUUGAGCAUCAGAUUGAGGAAAGCACCGCAAUGUUAAAGUCUUUGCAGGAUCUUGACUCUUCACUCAAGCGGUUUGAUGCCUUGGAACAAAUUGAAAACGCCUGCUCAGUACUGGAAGUCAUUGAAAUCGAUGGAAACUGCAUUAAUUUGUUAGUGAGGACAGAUAUAAAAGAAUUGGAAGAUGUCUUGUGCAAACAAAAGAUUGAAGAUAUUGGCGAGCUGUCUGAAGUAAAUCACAAAGUUCUCAUAGAAGCUUCCAGUGACACAAUGGAACUUAAGAAUGUUGAGAUUUUUCCAAAUGAUAUAUUCGUUGGUGAUAUAGUAGGUGCUGCCAACUCAUUCAGCCACAUGUUCACACAUGACACCCUUCCGGAGACAAGUUCGUCACUCCAAUGGUUUAUAAUGAAGCUACUUGAUAGAAUACGAGACUGCAAUUUGAGAAGAUUGGUGGCUAGAAGUGCAAGCAAAUCAAGGCAUUCCUUUGAAUACUUGUAUAGAGAUGAAACCAUAAAAGCUCAUUUGGUUGGAGGAGUUGAUGCCUUUCUAAAAGUCCCCCCGGGAUGGCCUCUAACAAGUUCACCAUUGAACUUGAUGUCCCUCAAGAGCUCAAACCAGCAUAAGGAGAUCUCCUUGAGCUCUCUUUGCAAGAUUCAGGAAACAGCAAAUUCCUUGGAUUCCCAAAUUCGACACCAGUUGCUAAGCUUCGCUGAUGAAAUUGAGAAAGCGGUUCUGCGGGAAGUGCACCUGGAACUCCACCAUGAUAAUGAUUCUUCCUCCUAAAGUUUGUUCAUUUCAGGAUAACAUACUUCUUCUGCUUCUUCUGGUGCAUUUUAGUACAAAUAUCAUGUACUUCAGAUCUCACGUGUAUUUGCAAAAGUCAUGAUAUAAUGUCUGAUAGUCUCUGGGUUAACCCAAAAAGGUUACAUGUAUACAUGGUGUUUAUAUUUCGUUCUCUCAUUUGCCCUAAUUAAAAUUUGAUAUUAGAUGGGUAUUAAAUGUGUUAUAGAGGU